UUUCAGACGGGAUAUAUAAUUCGAGAAUUAAUGAAGAAGAAAUAAAGUGGAAAUGUCGGAAUUUUUGGACAAUCAAGCGGAAGAGUCCGAAAAUUCAGGUGAAACGACAGACACAUCCAUUGAUGAUGAUGAUUUGGAGCCUCGUGCUAAACGGAAGCGAAAGCAGAAAAAGAAAAGGAGAAAGCAAAAAAGACGAAACGAAUUAGGAGUGAUGAUGAGGAUGAUGAAGAGGAUGAUGAUGGGGAAGAUGACGAAGCCAAAAUUCAAAAGGAAAUGGCAGGUUUCGUUGUCGAUGAAGACGAAGCUGAAGAAGAUGGUGAUGAUAAUGAGGACGACGACAGAAGUGAUAUUGAAAAAGAUGAUGAUCUAGAAUUGGACGAUGAAGACUUGGACUUGUUGAAUGAUAACUUAGACAUACAGCAGCGUCCAGCUGGUGGUCGUGUGGUAAUUGAAAGUGACGAAGAAGAGGAUCGUGACCGUAGCAAGAGUAAUCUUUAUGAUAAGGAUGAUUUGGCUGGUGAUGAUGAUCAGCGCAGCGAUUACAGGGAAUCAGAACGACGUGUUUAUGAUGGCGAUGAGGGUUCAGGCACGGAAAGCGAACAUUCUGAAGACGACUUCAUUGUUACGGAUGAUGGGCAACAGCCGCAACAUCGACAGCGUCGUUAUCGUUUUGCAGAUGUGCCAGAGCAAGCUAUUGAUGACGCGCGGGAGAUAUUCGGAGUCGAUGACUUUAAUUUUGCUGAAUUUUACGACGAAGAUGCUGAACCAGGCGAAGAUGAGGAUGAAUACCCGGAAGAUGAAGAACAAGAAGAACUGGAAGGAGGCGAUGUAUCGCGUUCCCGUAAGAUGAAACCGAAAGAAAAGAGAGCUACUUUGAUGGAUACAAUUGAACCUGCAGAGCUUGAAGAGAAACUACUUUCUCCUAUGGAUAAACGUAUACAACUGGAUGAUCGUCCUGAACGCUUCCAACUUCGUCGGGUUCCAGUGUGUGAGGCUGAUGAACACGAGCUUGAAAUUGAAGCCAAAUGGAUUUACCAGUAUGCAUUUGAUAAUGCUACUUUGUCGGAACAGGAAGAAAGCUGUCUUACGGUAUUGUCAAAUUUGGAUCUUCGCAUUGAUGAACGAGCUAAAAUUGCUGCAGAGGCACCAGAUAAAAUUAAGGAAGCCUUGAAAUUCAUCAGAAAUCAAUUGUUUGAGGUACCAUUCAUAGCAUUUUAUCGUAAGGAAUAUGUAGAAUCAUGCUUAGUAAUCAACGAUUUAUGGAAAGUUUAUCAGUGGGAUGAAAAGUGGUGUCACCUGCAACAAAGAAAGAAACGUUUAUUAGAAUUGAUGAAACGGAUGUUGAAUUAUCAGAUGGAGAAUGACAACGCGGCAGGGAUGCGUAUUGUUACUGAGCAGGAUAUGAAUGAAGUGCAUGGAGUACAAACAGUAGAAGGUUUGAUGGAUGUUUCGACGAAAUUCCAAUUGUAUUAUGGUCCGGAAGUACCGAAAAUGAUAGACUGGGAAAAAAUUCAAAAUUUGAGUGAAGACGAUCCUGAACGUGAAGCUGCUGAAAUGCGUUUUCGUGCUGCUACAAGAACCGACAAAUAUAUGCUAUGUGUCCAGAAUGGAUUAUCCGGAAUGGCUUCACGUUUUGGCUUGACUCCUCUGCAAUUUGCAGAAAAUCUUGAUUGGAAGCGGCAUGAUAUUGUGCAAGACGAUGAAGAACCACUGAAGGCGGCAGAGCAAUAUGUCUGUCAAAGUUUCCCCACUCCAGAAGCUGUGUUAACUGGUGCUAUUCAUGUUGUUGCUAAACAGCUAAGCAGAGAACCAAAAGUACGAGAACUGCUGCGGUUACGAUACAGGUUACGUUUGAAGAUUUCGGUAUGUCCGACGAAAAAGGGCCGAGAAGAAAUCGAUGAAAACCACAAAUUGUGGCCCAGAAGGUACAUACGCGAUAAGCCUGUUGCAAGUUUACGACAUGAUGAAUAUUUGUGGUACGUGCAGGCGCAUGCUGGUGGAUUACUGAAUUUAAAGUUGCACUGUGACACAGAGGACGAUGUUAGAUUUGAAAAGACGAUGCUUCAAGAAUUUCUUUCAGAACAGCCUUAUCACAGAGAUGAAUAUUCUCGCGUUGUUGAUACAUGGAACAAGAUCAGAGAAGAAGCAGUAACAGUUUGUGUUAACAACUUUCUUUUGCCGGUGUUUGAACGCGAAGCUCAUGAAAGGCUUCUGCAGGAAGCAAAAGAUUAUGUGAUAAAACAAAGCACGCAGAAUUUGUAUGAUCGAAUUAAAACUGCUGCUUAUCGUAACGUGCAUGAUGAUGAUGAUGAUGACUUUGAAAGUGGAUUUGCUAGUGGAACAAGAGUUUUAAGUAUUGCGUAUCCUGAAGAAAGAGACCAGGCAUCAUUUUGUGCUCUUCUUGAUCAAGAUGGCCAAGUUUUAGACCAUCUUCGACUAAUUCAUAUUACGAAAAGUAUGAAUUCAAAAAGACCAGGUGAAGCAGACCUAAAGCGUCAGGAUAUGGUUCAUUUGCGCAAAUUCAUCGAAAAACGUCGCCCUUGUGUAAUUGCAAUAUGCGGUGAAAAUAUGGAUGCUUAUUAUCUUCGGCGGGAUAUUGAAUCUUUACUACACGAAAUUUCUGGGAUGGCAAAAGAAAUUCCAGUGGAAAUUGUAGAUAAUGAAGCAGCCAAAAUUUAUAUGCACAGCAAACAGGCAAUUGCGGAAUUCCCUAAUUAUCCACUAAUGCUGCGACAAGCAGUUUCCUUAGGCCGUUUGUUGUUGGAUCCAUUAAUCGAAUAUGCACACUUAUGUAAUACGGACGAUGACAUUCUUUGUGUUUCAUAUCAUCCGUUGCAAAGUGAAGUUAACAAGGAAGAACUAUUGUUUGCGUUAUCACUGGAAUUCAUAAACAGAGUGAAUGAAGUAGGUGUGGACGUAAAUCGUUGUUUGGAAUACUCUCAUACCUCAUAUUUGUUGCAAUUUGUUUGUGGCUUAGGGACGAGAAAGGCGGUGCAUUUACUGAAAAUACUGAAACAGAAUGAUAAUCUUCUGGAAAGUCGGACAAAAUUAGUUACAUUGUGUCGUAUGGGACCGAAGGUAUUUAUGAAUUCGGCAGGCUUUAUCAAGAUUGACACAGCAAAGGUGUCUGAAAGAACUGAUGCUUAUGUUGAGGUGCUGGAUGGUUCCCGAGUGCAUCCAGAAACAUAUGAAUGGGCUCGGAAAAUGGCGGUCGAUGCUCUAGAAAUUGAUGACGCUGCUGAUCCUACAAGUGCUCUGGAAGAAAUUUUGCAAAAUCCAGAUAAGCUUAAGGAUCUUGAUCUUGACGCUUUUGCGGAAGAACUUGCCCGGCAAGGUUUUGGUAACAAAAGUAUCACACUGUAUGAUAUUCGAGCAGAGCUAAAUCAUCGAUACAAAGAUCUUCGCAUUCCUUACGAAAGUCCAUCGGCUGAAAAAAUUUUCACGAUGUUGACAAAGGAAACUUCUGAUUCCAUAGGGAAACUGGUAAUGGGACGAGUAAUGCAUAUAGUUUAUCGCAAACCGAGAGAUCCAGAGGAACGAGAACGUGUACCUCCUAUUAGAGAUGAGCGUACGGGUCAGUGGAAAUGCCAGUAUUGUUACAAGCCUGAUUUCAACAAUACAAAUGAGGUGUGGCAACACAUUGACUCUUGUCCUGGUCAACCAGUGGGUGUAAAAGUACGAUUCGACAGUGGUAUAACUGGUUUCAUUCCAAAUAAGUAUUUAUCAGAUCGACCCGAUUCGUUUGUGGAUCCAAGCGAGAGGGUUAGGCGCAACCAACCCAUAUAUUGUCGAAUACUGGAGUUGGAUCCCGAUAAAUUUUCGGCGACCUGUUCAUGUCGAUCAUCUGACCUUAGAGGCCUACAGCCACAGAAUAGCGAGUUCGACCGUUACUUCGACAAACUGAAGUAUCAGGAUGACGAUGAAAAGGAUAAGAAACUAAGGGAGAAAAGGAAAAUUGUAACAUAUUUCGUGAAAAGGGUUAUAUCGCAUCCAUCAUUUCAUAAUGUGACUUUUAAAGAUGCCGAACGAAUGCUUCAAAAAUUUGAACAAGGCGAAGCCAUCAUUCGACCUAGUUCAAAAUCCGUUUCACAUCUAACUGUAACAUGGAAAGUUGCUGAUGGUAUUUACCAACACAUCGAUAUUAAAGAAGAAGGGAAACAGCACCAAUUUAGUCUUGGCAAAACGUUGUUAAUUGGUACAGAAGAGUUCGAAGAUUUGGAUGAAAUCCUUGCUCGCCACAUACAACCUAUGGCAGCGUUGGCCCGUGAUGUUUUGUCGCAUAAAUAUUUUUUGGAUGGCAAACGGGCUGAAGAUCGAGAUGCUAUUGAGAGUUAUCUCUUCGAUGAAAAAAAACGAAAUCCCCAGCGGAUACCUUAUACGUUGACACCAUCACAAGAAUAUCCCGGAAAAUUUGUUGUAUCGUAUUUGCCGCGCAACAAAGCAAGGCAUGAGUAUAUGACCGUAACACCAGAAGGAUUUCGUUUUCGACAGCAGUUGUUUCAAAGUCUUGAAGUUGUUUUAUCUUGGUUCAAAGUGCAUUAUCGAGAACCACCACCAGGAAUGUAUCGUUGAAAUGGUUGUGAACAUGACGAAAUGGACGUUUUCUUCAUUGCUAUAUUUCAUAUUUUGUUAAUCUUUCGUUGCAUGUUGAAAAAUUUAACUAAAGUUCCUGUUUUUAAUUCAUAUAUGUGUUUUUACAAAUAUCUCGAUUAUAUACAUAAUACUGUAAAGAGAUUAAGCAGUCAUUAUAUAAUUUCCG